AUGUUGGAUUAUCUUAUUUUCGCUGCUACUGUUGUAGUUUUCCUGAUAUUGGCCGUCAUUUACUUGUAUCCAGGUUCAAAAAAAUCGAUUGACAUACCAGGACCUGAACCAGUUGAUCCAUUAGAAGGAAACUAUCCUGACAUAAAAGCUUGUGGCAGUUUGCAUGAAUUUCUUGUCGAUCUUCAUGAGACUUAUGGGCCGAUAUGUUCAUUUUGGGCAGGUCCACAGUUGUGUGUGAGUGUUGCCUCACCAGAGUUGUUCAGUGAGCAAGCCAAUUCUUUCAACAGACCAGUGGAGCUGUUUAAAGCUCAAACUCUGUUGUGGGGGGAGAAUUCUCCAUUUGUUUUGAAUGGUGCUGAAGGAAGAAAAAAACAUGCUUUUUUAACUGGCAUUUUUAAUGAAAAAUAUGCAAGUUGUUCUCUUAAACUGGAACAUGAAAUACUAAAGAAGCAGACAGCGUCAUGGUUGAAAUGGCCUAACGAGCAGUUUUUCCCGUUGUAUGAGAAGAUAUCAGGAUUUGUUGUUAAGUUUUUGCUCUCCUCGCAUUUUGGAUAUGACGCAGAAAAUAGCAAGGACGUCAACGUUAUAAAGGGAAAUCUUGAUAAUGUUUGGCAGGAGGUGGGCCACUACAUGGAUGAUACGUCAGAUGCCGAUGGCUUGAGAGAUAUCAGAUUUGAGCAAUACAAAAAGAAAUUGAAAUCAUUCAUCAGCGAUGCUUUAAUACUUCGCAAAACGUUGCCGACGGUCUCAGAUCCUGCUAAACUUCCUAUCGAUCAUGUGCUUCAGUUGAGUGAGGAAGAGGCAGUAUCCAUUUUGUUAUUGCUGUUCACAAAUGCUUACAUGAAGUAUUGCUCCCUGUUCACCUGGAUGGGGUACUUCUUAGCUUUGGAACCUCACGUUCAGGAUCAAGUUAGGAAAGAGUUGGGCUCCAUUCCCAUUGAAGAAAUAAAUUUGGCAAACUGUAAUGAAUUCAAGUAUUUCAAAAAGGUUUUCCAGGAAACCUUACGUUGUGCUAACAUCGUAUCACAUACAGCACGCAUUCAAAACACAGACAUAGUCAUUCAAAACAGCAAGAUACCUGCUAAUCUUAUGACAACGUUAGCCAAAAAAAUAUUCUAUGGGAUGCAAAUUCGCACUCCAAUUGAUCUAAUUAAUUUUCUGACAUGA